GGUCGAUCAUUUCGACUUUCAGAAUUAAUGCAAUGGGGUUCCGUGAAAAUUCUAUACGCCUUUUCCCUGUAUUUGUGGGCUUGACACUGGCUGCGGAAAUUUCAAAUUUUAUUUCAUUUGUGUCUCCGUCCUGGAUCCAAUCGAUUCCUGAGGCACACAGCCAUUUCCAAAACAUCGGUUUAUGGACAGCGUGCUUUAACGGCUACAUGCGGCCAACAUAUUUCGGAAAGGCUUAUUAUGGUUGUUAUUAUAUAUAUUACGUGGGAUACGACGGCAUAAGGGAUUGGAUUAACCCCGCUUGGCUGUACGCAAUACAAACUUUAUCUUCCCUGGGGAUAUUGUUGCAGUCGCUGGUUACGUUUGUUGUCCUCUGCCAAGUAACAUAUUCUAUUCAUCGGGACAACUUAACAGUGAUGAAAUGCUGUUUAGUUGGACACUUCAUUACAGCAUUCACUUUGGCCGCAUCACUGGUGGCUUUUGCCGUGGCCAGAUACGACAGCAGGUGGAUGCCGUUUCCACAGUUCAAUGUUCUAUCAUGGUCGUACGCCGUGGCAGUCAUAAGCUUUACCGCAACAGUCGCUUCCUUCGUCAUCGGCUUCCUGAGAUACAUGUACCUGGAGGCCCUUGCUUGGGAUAGGGACUCUCUUUUGCCGACUGACCGUGGUUUCAAUAAGCAAAAUGUUCAACAUAGUCCUUCCUAUGAUAGAUUUCUUGGCACUCAACAGUUAUCGGAAGAUGAAGACAAUCCACAAUACUUUGGUCGGCUUGAGGAAUAUGGAAACGAACAAUUACCCCCGCAGCGGUUAGAGACUUCUUCCCGCGCCUUAGUUGACAACUAUCAUUAGAUAAACCACAACCAUGCGAUUUUUCAAAUGAGUUUGUGCAAGUACUUGACCACUCAUCUCCGAACAUCAGCGAUCCUCACUUCCACUUGUUGGACAAAAUGGAAAAUUUACCACACUUGUACAGUUUUCAUAUGCCUUUCUGUUGAAACACGGUACUCGUAUUUGCGUAUGCAACCUAAGUGCAACCGGAACGGGACUCCGAACCUCAUGAGAUAAUGGCCGACUUUCUAUUGGUUAUAAAUCAUGUUGGAAACAUGA